CCCUGUUGUAAUGUUUCUUUUUUGCUUCUUGCGCAAUGCAUUUAAUGUCUGUGUACGCUUGCCACAGGAGAAAUUAAUUAUAAAACAUGAAAUUAAUUAACACUUUAUUUAAUAAGGAAGAAGUACUGGAAGUGCUAAGGAUGAUUCUCAAUUCAAAGUAAAUUAUUUAAAUUUACACACUGCUGAGAACGUUCCAUAUAUGCAGAUAGAAUGUAUAGUAAUAGCAGGAAUAAAGGAGCGAUUGGUGGUAUUCUAAUGAAUAUUCUAUAGACCGAGACAUCGAUAAUCCUUCGAGACACCCCGUCUCUCGUCGCAUUUCUACGAGCUUGCGCGAUUCGUACGUUGUGUAAAACGUCCCGGUAUUUAUACCAGAUCAGUUUACUGCUAUUUGUUACGUGUAUAAUAUUUACAAGCAUCUUAACUAAUAUACAUCAAUUCCCAUAAGUAUAAAACCGAACAAUUAUUCUGAAUAAUCGUGUCUGCAGUGCAUCGCACCAUCACAGAAAUGAAGGCGCUUACCGACAAUCGGUCUUGAAUUAGCGUUUCGCGAACAAAAAUAUUAUUAGCAUAAAUUUCUUAAAAAUCACACCUCUAUUCGAUCGAUGGAAAUUCGCUGUGAUAAAGAACCGUGUCUCCAUCAAAGAGACUCCAAGAAGAUUGAAAUUCUACCAGAAGCAGCCUCAAUCUCAUCUUCCAUCAAGGAGAUCAGGACGGUGUUACUUUCCGUGGUAACCAACGAGGAAUCGAUAAUUCAGCAAGUAGUCUCGAAACUGAUCGAAUCAGAAGUUGUGAUGUUUGACCGUUGGACUAACCGUAAGAGAGCCUGGAUACGUAAGAACUUGUGACGAGUGAUGUUCAUCGAUGCUGAACGAAUGAAACUGGUAGAUGGUUCUCGGUUUCAACGCAGACAGCGUGACGCCGCACCGGCUGAACGAGUGGAAACGUAAACGCGCAUCUCGAUCGUGACGUAAACGUUAUCAAUACUCGUACAACGACCUCGAAUGAUACCUGCGAUACCUUGGACCGUUCGGACUGCACCAUCCAGGUAGUCCACACCUUGGCAUCCUCCCAGUGAACCCGAUUCGCCAAAAUCCUCGGCUUAGCCUCGAGUCUCGCCUCGCUUACGGCUGGACAGAAAGCUCUGCCCGGUUCGAGGAGCAGUCGUCUCCUGCUCGCGGGAAAGCGCGUCCGUCCUCGAGGACACCGGUGGCCGCUGCGGAGGAAAAGGAACCGUCGUAUCGACCAUCGAGAUGAACGGGAGCGAGGACAGGAGCGCAGCCGCGGAUUCACCGCGUCUAAGUAGGGCAAAGCUGCGCGACAUCGCCCGCCUCUGGAUCAACACGUUCAGAGCCUUCUAUGCCGGGGACGUAGGCGUUGCACCCGUGGCAACAGCUUCACCAGCCACCGCCUCUGGUGAGGCAGGAAGUCUCACGGGACAGGGAGCCCCGGGAGUAGUUGCGAUGGGUAACCUGCAGAGCGACGCGAAGAAGAAGGGCAAGAAGGGACGUGGAACCACCGAGGGGACCGCGAGCACACCUGACUCCAUUGCGGAUGGCCUGGAGGACGCGACGGACACCGGGGACGACGGGGAGACUGGAGACACAGAAGAGACGCCAGCUAAGAAGACUCAGAGUUUUGGGAAAACGGGAGAUGGUCAAAAGGGUGGAACGGAAAAAUUGCGGCCGACUCAUAAGAGGCAAGCACCAAGGCCACCUGGAUUCGCUGAAAGACAGGUUCCGGAAACUAAACUUCCGGAGGCUCCGGAAAGACCGCGACAGGAAGGAGAGGAAAAGGUCGAGAAGAAAGACGAAUCGCAGGAUGAAUCGGUAGACACGAUUGUAUUAACGGAAACGAAAGAGAAAGAUGAGGCAUCGAACGCGGUGGUAGCGGUAUCUGAUCAAAGUCAAAAGCAAGGACCAGCGCUUCUGGUUACAGACUCUUGGCGAUUAGCCAAUAAAAGUCUGGUCGUAACGGAAAUCUCGAUGCCGCCGAGUCAAGAAUCCUCGAGCGACAGCGUGUUUACCGACCCCGAAGAACUGGCUGGCGCCGCGGAAGCUGCGAAGACGGAAGUGGCCGAUACGACCUCCUCGUCGUUACUUCCCACCACCUACGCCGCACCGAAGAGCCGCGAGAUCGAACAGUCUUCCAUCGCCCCACCGCUCGAACGACGACUCGUCGACUCGUUAAUUACGGCCUUACCGGAACACUUGAAGUCUACUCUUACGGAAGCUGAAUUGGAACAAUUCGCCUCUAGAAUCUACUCCAGACUCGUCUCCGAUGGAGUUCUUGGUUCCAUUACAGUUGAUACUGCCACGCACAAGGAAUCUACGGAAGAUCAAACAGAACGCAGAGACACGCCGUCCAUAUCCGUUACCCUAAACUCGGAAGGUGUCUCUGCCAAAGAUCGAUGGGAUUCGGAGAAGGAAACGUUGAAACGCGAGCUAGAACGUCUUCGGGAACUUGCCAAGUAUGCGGAGAAAACGACGCAAGGUAAAUCUACGCAGACCUCUCCGACGGCCGAGUAUCCGGAAGGAAGUUUCGUGAAGUUUUCAAAGUUAAAGUAUUCCGAGGCGGCUACUUCGCCUUUGGGCAGUCCGGUGAUUCACAAUGAAGCUUCUCAAGAACAACCCACAGCCGCGGGUUCUUCGACGUCGACCGGAAGUAGUUCGCAAGACGCGAAGAGUGCGGAGAGCGAAGUGUCACAGGCUCGAACCGCACGACUAUCAUCGUCAUCCUCACCUCCAGUUUUAUCACCACCGCCGCAAAUUUCAUCCUCCAGCACAUUCUCAAGCACACCUCCACCACCGCCACCACCACCACCACCACCUCCGCCGUCUCCUUUCUUAGACCACCGUUCGCUCAAUAAUUCAACUUCUUCUCUGUCUCCUUCGUUUUCGAUACCACCACCGCCGCCAUUGCCCGCCUGUUCAACGUCCGCGCAGUCUAUUCCUUCGCAACGAACUACCACUUCGCUGCCAACGAUACCACCGCCUCCGCCUCCUCCACCUCCACCACCGCCACCUUUGCAACCAAUGACUGGAGAAGUGCACAGAGAAACCCCUGCACCUCCGCCACCGCCGCCGCCACCGCCAUCCCCUACACCAUCCAUCGGUAAAUUAAUAGCAUCCAUACCACCUCCUCCGCCUCCGCCGCAACCUCAGAUACCGGUAUUCAGUUCGGUACCACCGCCGCCACCGCCUCCUCCUCCAGCACCUCCGUCGCAACUGUCGUCGCAGUCUUCCUUCGGACUGCACAGCGGUCCACCGAUUCCACCACCGCCUCCUCCACCUCCGCCACCGUCGAUAGGACCGUUAUCCGGAGGAUCAUCCGCUCCGCCUCCUCCACCACCACCUCCGACACCUUUCGGCGGAGUACCUCCACCGCCACCUCCGCCACCUGGAAACAUACCUGCUGCACCACCGCCUCCUCCGCUCAUUGGAAUACCUGGAGCACCACCUCCGCCUCCGCCUCCGACAGGAACCGUACCGACAGGACCUUGUCCUUUACCUAUACCUCCGGUUGGAGGUUGGAACCCUGCAAGCAGAGCGUGUAUGAGAAAAGAACCUCUAUGUCCCGAGGUACCUAUGAAACCGCUCUAUUGGACGAGGAUCCUGGUACCAGUGGUGCCCACGGAACGUGGCUCCAUCGACGCUGUGGAUUCUGCCGCUCAGCAGGGUCCACUAUGGGCGGAACUAGAGGAAGAGACAAAUCUAGACAUGAAAGAGUUCACCGGUCUGUUCUCCCGCCAAGUGACCGACAGAAAACCUGUAAAAAAGGCGGACGUCGCUUCGAAACCGUCUAAAGUGCAACCAGCGAAAAUCCUCGACUCGAAGCGAUCUAAAACCGUGGGGAUACUAGAGAAGAGUUUGCACGUGGACUUUUGCGAGGUGGAAAACGCAGUGUAUAAUCUAGACACGAGUGUAGUUAGCUUGGAAGCGCUGCAACAAAUAUACGAAAUUAGACCAACGCAGAAGGAACUGGAAGACAUAAAAGCAUUCGAGGAAGCAAACCCGGAAGUACCUCUGGAUCGUCCGGAAGUCUUUCUGAAGAAGCUUUCAAGUAUACAUCAUUUUGCGGAGAGGAUAGCGUGUUUGAUGUUUCAGUCAGAAUUCCAAGACGCUAUUUCCUCUUUAUCUUCGAAAUUGACAAAUCUUCGUACCACCUGCGAUUUUUUAAGAAACUCCAGUUCCCUGAAGAAGUUGAUGGCGUUGAUUCUAACCCUAGGCAAUUAUAUGAACGGUGGAAACAGAACAAGAGGACAGGCCGAUGGAUUCGGCUUGGAGAUUUUAGGAAAAUUGAGGGACGUGAAAUCGAACGUACCUGGGAUAACGUUGCUCCAUUAUGUCGUGAAAGCGAGAUUGGCUCAAGAAAAGGACCACAAUUUCGAGGAACCUCUUCCGUUACCGAUACCCGAACCAACGGACAUCGAGGCUGCCUCGACGAUCAGUUUCGACAAUAUCUCCGGUGAAUUAGAGAGACUGCGAAAGGAAUUGCAAGUUUGCACUGAAAAGUGCAACCUCGUUGUAGAAACAGAUCCGGAAGCUGCAGUACCAUUCAAAGAAAAGAUGGAUUCAUUCUUCCAGGAGGCAGCCGAGGAAUUGGCCAACGAGCAAGAGGCCCUCCUCGACGCGAAGAACAAAUUCAAAGCUGUGAUGCAGUUUUAUCAGUACACGCCUAAAGGAAGUAACCUGGACGCAGCCGAUCCGAACGCGUUUUUCAUUAUGUGGCUGGGUUUUUGCAAGGAUUUCAAAGAUAUAUGGAAAAAGGAGCAACAACGAAUACGAAAGGAACGAGUACAAGAAAUGCGAAAGAAGUACGAAAGUAAGAAUAAAGUGGAGAAAUUGAAAAUAAGCGCCACGGGAUUGAAGGCACGGCUCCAGAAACUUUCACGCAAAUAGUGAUCUCAUCGAGUCGCCUAAAAGUAUAUAUCAGUUUUCGAGCGAGGAUUAAAAAAAAAAGGUCUGUGAUUGUUGCAAAGAAAAAGAAAAAAAAAUUAAACACAUCGAAUUGUGUAUCCU